UUGUUAUUUACCCAAAUUACCGUUUUUUUCAGCCACACCAACGAAAGACAAACUCCAAUUGAAAUUCUUCCUGCAGGCCCAUCACCAGUUCGACGACCCGAAGAGAAGCGUAGAAGCAGGAGACCCACGUCAGCUCCAGGCUCGAGGGCGGAGGACCGCUUUUUCAACGAGCUGCUGGUCGUUCCGGGUCGGCUACAAGGCCAGUCGGUGUUCAUCCACCUCAAUACGGCCUCUACUUACAGUCUCAUUAGUAAGCACUGCGCGGAACGCUGUGGCCUGAUGAAGUACCUCAGUCGCUCCACCGACAUCGUCGUGAAUGGAGUCGAAGCCAUCGGUCACCUGCACUUCUGCUAUGUCACGCUAGGCGACGUCACUAUUGAGGUGUCAUUGAUCGUCGUCGAAACACUGCUCCACGACAUCGUGUUGGGUCUGGACACCCUGAAACGCCACGGAUUCUGCAUUGAUUUGGGCAGGGGCGAACUGGUGAUCGGCAGAUGCGGCAGGUCAAGAUCCAGACGCAGACCAGAUUCGAGAGUUUCCCGCAAAAAAUCCUUCCGAAAGGCAAGAACUCCUGUGGACGAUAAUUUGAAAAGAUCAUCUACGCCGUCUCACGAAUUGAAAGUGUGGGAGAGCGGAAGGCAGAAGGCUCGAAGUGACAGACGAACGCCUUCUAAACGACGUCACAGCACGUUUUCUCGAAGCGAGGAGAAGCAAAUACGCCGAAUGAUUCGUGAGGAAUUCCCACCCAACUACGCUGUCCCCCUAGUUUCCUCCUCUCGCACUGGAAAAUAAACCCUUACAAAAGCUAGAUAUCUUCGCUUGCCUUCGUCAACUACUCUUUUGUUUUCGACUUU